UCAUAUAUUCUAAAAUAGUUAACUAUGAAUGAAUUGUUUAGCUCAUAAAUAGAGUAAGAACAGAAAAAUCUUUUGUGAACUACUUAAGAUAUAUUAAUUCAAGUUAAAUUAAAUUAUAUAUAAAAUAUUAUUGAAUAAUACCUAUUGUUUUAUUUCAAAAUGCCAGAUUAUUUAGGCGAUGAAAUGCGUAAAGUGAAGAAAGAUGAACCAGAGAAGGAAGAAAAAGAAAUAAAGUCCCUUGACGAAGAGGACAUUGCAUUGUUGAAAACAUAUGGUCAAGGUCAAUGGACAAUCAAUGUAAAGGCUGUUGAAGAUGAUAUACAAAAUAUUAUUAAGCGUAUUAAUGAGUUAUCAGGAAUUAAAGAAUCUGAUACCGGUUUAGCUCCACCAGCUUUUUGGGAUUUAACUGCUGAUAAACAAACUCUUCAAAAUGAACAGCCAUUACAAGUGGCUAGGUGUACAAAAAUUAUAAACGCUGAUUCAGAUGAUCCUAAAUAUAUCAUUAAUGUGAAACAAUUUGCAAAGUUUGUUGUUGAUCUUGCUGAUUCUGUAGCUCCAACUGAUAUUGAAGAAGGAAUGCGUGUUGGUGUGGAUCGUAAUAAAUAUCAAAUACACAUUCCUUUACCACCAAAAAUUGAUCCAACUGUUACAAUGAUGCAAGUAGAAGAAAAGCCUGAUGUCACUUAUUCUGAUGUUGGUGGUUGUAAAGAGCAAAUUGAUAAAUUACGAGAAGUUGUAGAAACUCCUUUAUUACAUCCUGAAAAAUUUGUCAAUUUGGGGAUUGAACCUCCAAAAGGAGUAUUAUUAUUUGGGCCACCUGGAACUGGUAAGACCCUAUGUGCAAGAGCUGUGGCUAAUCGAACAGAUGCGUGUUUUAUUCGUGUUAUUGGUUCUGAACUUGUACAAAAAUAUGUUGGAGAGGGUGCACGUAUGGUGCGUGAACUUUUUGAAAUGGCUCGGAGUAAAAAAGCUUGUUUAAUAUUUUUUGAUGAAAUUGAUGCAAUUGGUGGUGCUCGUUUUGAUGAUGGAGCUGGUGGUGAUAAUGAAGUGCAACGAACUAUGUUGGAACUUAUUAAUCAAUUGGAUGGUUUUGACCCUAGAGGAAACAUUAAAGUAUUGAUGGCUACAAAUAGACCUGACACACUAGAUCCAGCUUUAAUGAGACCAGGACGUUUAGAUAGAAAAGUUGAAUUUGGAUUACCAGAUUUAGAAGGCCGAACCCAUAUUUUUAAUAUUCAUGCUAGAGCUAUGAGUGUGGAACGUGAUAUUCGUUUUGAAUUACUUGCUAGGCUUUGUCCUAAUAGUACAGGUGCUGAAAUUAGAUCAGUUUGUACUGAAGCUGGAAUGUUUGCCAUUAGAGCACGUAGAAAGGUUGCUACUGAAAAGGAUUUCUUAGAAGCUGUAAAUAAAGUUAUUAAAUCAUAUGCUAAAUUUUCAUCUACUCCGCGAUACAUGACUUAUAACUAAUUUUAUAAUAGUUUAUUUAAAAACUAUUCUUAUUAUACAAGAAUUUUUUUUUAAAAUAAUUUCUAAAAUAUUUAAAUAAAACAAAAUUUAAAUUUCA